AUGGUGUUUAUCCACAGGGCGCUGUUCUCGAGGAAGCCGAAUCGAAACGGGAAUUGUCAUUACGUAAGAGAUGGAAGGUCACGAAGCCCAACGGCGAGGUUAUUAUCGUGCGUGACAUUUUUGAAAAAGAUAGUCGCCUGGAUCCACAGAUUCAAGGAGACAGGAGAUACGUUAGUCCAAUACGAUCCUGGGCAUGCGGCGUUGCCAUGGGCGGCCGUUCGAUUCCUACUCCAGAUGGCUAUAUCUGAGGUUCAGGUAUUUGAAGCUAUGGCCGAGGAACGUGAUUGCUGUGAAUUACUAACAUCACGGAUAGUCCGAAUCUUGAAAGGCCCUUUUCGGUGCAUAGAUGAAGUUCGAUCGAAUACUCUCAACGAGAGAGAGCAAGAGGUCAACGCCUUGGCCAGUCUAAUUGACGCCGAAACAUUGCAAUCCUUGCAUGUUGCCUUCACGAGGCUUUCUACUGAAUCGUUCAAGGCUCUGUCAGAAGAUCGAUUCCAAGAAAUUCUCGACUGGUUGUGCGUGGCACCUUACCACCAUCAUCACCAAUACAUCGCACAAUCUCGUCUCUCUGGUGCCGGUCAAUGGCUUCUGCAACAUGAAAAAUUCAUUGCCUGGCAAACAUCAAGCUCGCAAUCUUUACUACUGAUUCACGGUAUACCUGGCUCAGGGAAACCGACUCUUUGUUCGGUCUUCGUCGACUAUCUUCAGUCAGCAGCAACUACCAAUCCAGCUGCUGCUCUAUUCGGCUACUUUUACUGCGCAAACCCCCAAUCCGAGAGAUCACGUCGCUGUGCAAACGACAUAAUGAGGACAAUUCUAUUCCAGCUGUCGAUUGAUACAGUUCACCGGACCAAAAUGCGGGAUUGUCUCUCGUGCGAAUACGAGCGGCAGGUCUGCCUUGCUAGAGCCGGCAAAUUUGACAUGGCACAGCUAUGCGUCGCAGACUGUGUGAGACUGAUUCUUGAGAUAGCUGAACAAGACCCGUUGACGAUUGUCAUAGAUGGUCUGGACAGUAUCGAUGACGCCGAAAGACCGGCCGUUGUUGGUGCUCUCGAGGAGCUUGUAGUAAGGGCUGACAAUGUUGUAAAAAUAUUUGUCGCCAGCAGAGGUACCAACCGAUCAGCCGAUAAGCCCGUGGCGGAAUUCGAGAUUCAAAUUACAUCCGAAGAGACGAAGGAAGACAUGGAGGCUUUCGUCGAUCACUUGGUGGAGCAGAGCGUGACGAAGAAAAGACUUUUGCAAGGCAAUCUGCAUUCUGACACUCAGAAUAUGCUCAAAGGUGCACUGCUCGCCGGCUCUCAUGAAAUCGACGACUUUUACGUCUACGCAGCCAUGUACUGGGCCGUACACUCAAAGCUAGCAUUGACCUUUGGCAAAGACACAGCCACUAUCGAAAGCGUCGAAGCCAGUCUGAAGGCCUUUCUUUUCGACGAGGAAUGGGACACUACACUUUCUUUCGAGGGCUGGAUCGAAAACGCUCGUCAAAUUGCUUCAAUUUUACCAAGAGAGCAUGCCAUGAAACGCUCAAUGUGUGCAGUCUCCUCCUCAGACUUUGAGUUCGUGUUCACACUUAGCAUGUUUGGGCUUGAAAGCAUUCUGCGCGAGGCUUUAGCAAACAUCAGCGACGUAUACAUCAAUCUACCAAACGACCCUGGCUACACUCCAAUCUACUUGGCUGCCGCGCUUGGGCAGUCGGCGACAGUAUCGCUACUGUUGGAAUGCGGUUCCAACAUCAACGUCAAGUUGGUCAAAACACUCCUCCAAAACGGCGCCGAUAUGUCAUGCGGAGCUGUGUAUGGAACGGCUUUCGAAGCCGCUUGCCGUGGCCGGCGAGAAGACAUAGCGGUCCAUUUGAUAGAAGCGGGUCUCUCUAUCACGGGUGCAGGAGACUAUGAGAAGGUCGUUGACAGUGCUGCCCUUGUUGGGUUCGUCAAAGUAGUCCAGAUACUACAAACACCUGACUUUUCUGCCUCGAACACGACGAAAGCUGCAAGGGCGCGAACAGAAACCAAGAUCAGAAAGGUAAUCCAAGGUGGCCAGACUGGGGUCUUACGUCAAUUUCUGGGCCAAAAUCCCAACAGUCGAGACUUCAUUCCAUCAGAUGCUGUUGCUCUUGCAACACUGUUCAACCAAAAGAGUAUGAUUGAGUUUCUCUUGGACAUUGGAAUGGAUAUCGAGGCAAACGGCGACUUUGGUUCUCCCCUCAGAACAGCCGCCUUAUUGAAUUAUCAGUCUACCGUCCGACUGCUAGUUGACAAGGGAGCUCAAAUUGAGGCCUGCGGUCCAUUCGGUGACUCCUUACAGACAGCGGCAAUGAACGGAAAUUCAUACAUUGUCAGGCUCCUCAUCGACGAGGGUGCCCCUGUCAACCAAGAGACAGGAUUCUACGGAUCAGCUCUACAAGCUGCGGCUUAUCAUGGCCACAGUGACACCGUUCAAGUGCUCCUUCACGCCAGGGCAGAUAUCUAUCAGCCUGGUCUUUGUAAAGACGCUUUCGAGGCGGCUAGCAGAGGGGGGCAAGACCACGUCGCGGAAUUAUUGCAACAAAAGUGCAAUGGGCUGGACCCCUCGUGGAUAACCAUAGGACCGAUGUUCAUGGGACCGCCGGCAGGGUUCCCUUCGGAAUUGCCACUUUCUGCAAUGGAGACGUUCUUUGAGAGCGCGAUCAGCAGCACGGAAUAUCGAGAGAAGCAACCCGAAGAUUUCCUCAAGAUGAAUGACAUGAGAACUCUCGAGUAUGACUAUGUGCUACUGUCCGCCUGGGACAAGCUGCCACUUGAUGUCGUGAGGACAAGGUAG